UUAUACAUAGUUGUUCAGGUAUUGGCUUUAGGAUCAGCCACGGGCGGCCCUUGCAUCCGUUUCUCCAUACAAUAGAUUUCUUCGCGUUGCGUUCAGAAGGUACAGAGAGGUGAAUGCAGUCUGAACCUGGAAACGUAGGUAUAAUAAGUAAAAGCAGUAGCAUUGUGCACGUCUCUGAACUCAUGGCUUCGUCAAGCGGGACAGAGGUUGGGGUUGAGGUAGAAGAGGAGGUUGAAUACGUCGAGGAAGUUGUUGAAUAUGAAGAGGAAGAGGAGGAGGUUGAGGUAGAGGAGGAAGUUAACGAGGAGGCUAAACCAACGCCUUCAAAUGCUGAAGGCCAGUCCAGUUCGGAAGCGCCAGCUUUAGAAGCGUCAAGACAGCCUGCAGCAGACGAGGACAAAGCUGAAGAUGAGGUUCCCGUCCCACCUCCAACUAGCAUCGCUGCUAAAGACGGGGACCAUGGUGAGCCAUUCCGAGCAGAGCCUUCAGCCUCGCAGCCGGACGGCGCAGAUGCUCCUGCAGUUGCAUCUGCUUCCACUUCUGAGGCGGCUAAAGGAACAACGGCUGGCGUGGGCGUAGAUCUGGACCUAAAGCAGCUCGAAGCACAGGCUGCGAAGGUGGCGAAGGAGGUGUCCCAAGUCGCGCUGGACGUCUCCAGCAAGCUGACUGCCGGCUUCCGCAAUGCCUUUGGUGGCGGCUCCUCAUCUUCCGCGGCCUCUGGAGCCGACGCUUCCUCUUCCUCGGGCUCCGCCGCCGCCGCUGCCGCCGCCGCCUCCCUCACGCGGCUAGCUGGCGGCCUGAGCAGCUGGUGGGGAUCGUUGGACCCCGCGCCACAGCCCGUGAGGGACGAGACGGCGGAGAGGGUUGCCAGUUCAAACAAGGCCAGCAGUGAGCUGCAGGCGCUGUUCGGUCUCUUCCCCGAGGAGGCCCUGGUGGAGCACUUCCGCUGCAAGCUGCUGCAGACCUACGCGCCCAACCACAACUCCCACACGCCCGCCAUCCAGAUGUCCUUCCAGGGCACGCUGUACGUGACGGACCGCCACACCUGCUUCUGCGUGGAGGAGCGAGGUCGCAAGAUUCCCUUCAAGGUGCCGCACAGCCAGGUGGUGAGGGCGACACGGCAGCGACCCGCACGCAAGGGCGACCUGUCUGACGUGUUGAAGCUGGAGCAGGUGAGCGGCCAGUGGCUGGCCUUCAAGGACUUUGAGAGCGGCUCCGCUCUGGACAGCGCACUGGCGCUGGUGGAGCACCUGGCGGAGGCGGGCAGCAGCUAGGGGGGGAGAAGAGGGAUAAAAAAUUAUAUAAUGAGAAGCAGCUAGGGGGGGAGAAGAGGGAGGAGGAAACUGGCGAGCUGUAUGACGAGGCUAGGUAUGCCUCUUAAGCAUCGUGAAGAUUCGAGGGCGCCCGUCCGGAAGCGCGGUUGGUAGGUGGGUGCCGUACGUCGAUGAUUUUGUUAGUCAGGAAUCUGGGGGAGGUAGCUGAGGAGGUGCUGUUGUGCACGCGUGAUGAGGGCUACGCGUAUGCCUGCUGUUUUGCUUGCUCGCGGUCAGAACGCGCCGGUGUGGCUGUGAUAUUGAGGCAGCAGCGCGGCACGCAAGAUCGGUUCUGGACAGGUUGAGCCCAAGGUGCUUGGCAUGCUGCUACGGGUGCUAUUUACGUGCCUCUAUUUGUUUCCAGUUCUUCUGUGACACAUGGUAAGGGCUACUGGUUGUGGUGGGGCUACUAUUAAGCCCUCGGGACUGGCCUUUGAACUUUGUCGACCUCUUUUUCCGUGAUCUUUGUGUAAGAAGGCGCUGUCGUACAUGUCGUGUAUGCUGCCAACUGGGUUUUUGCUGCUGCUGCUGCGGGCGUCUGCUGCAUAGUAUUGCAUGUCUACACAUGAGGGCAGG